AUGGGUAAAGAGACAGAAAUGACGAGAAACAACAAUACAUGUGUAAAGUCAAUCUUAAGUGACUUGUGUGUUGAAUAUGACAAGACAACGUCCAAGAAGAUUAAGCUCAUUGACGGUUUCUUAGUCUAUGUUAUGGCUACAGGCCUGCUACAAUUUCUCUAUUGUAUGCUCGUGGGUAAUUUCCCCUUUAAUUCAUUUCUUGCUGGUUUUGUAUGCACGAUUGGAGUUUUUGUCUUGGCUGUCGCGCUAAGAAUGCAGAUUAAUCCAGACAACAACUUUGGAGACCGUACCGAACAACGAGCUUUUGCUGAUUACCUCUUUUGCAACAUUCUUCUCUUCCUUGUUGUGUUUAACUUUAUGGGUUAA